AUGCCGCAGUCUCUGGCACGUUUCGCGUCCCCUUCGUCCGCCCCUUCCGGCGGCCCGACUUCUCCCGACGAGCCCUGCUCCAUUCUCGGUCCUGAGCCCGAGUCCCUGCUGGCCAAGACCGGCGCCUCAGGCGCGAGCCCGUCGACCCACAUGGCCGCACUCGAAACCGGCCCGAACGGCUCCGCCACCCCAACUGGUACCUUCCGCGGCGCCUCGACCGGUACCCACCUCCUACUCGACGCCACGCGACCUCCUUCCGCCCCCUCCUGCCUCCAGAUUCGGUCGCCGGGCCGCCGUUCACCCGACUCGUUGACAAGACCUGCCAACGAUACAUCUGUACCCUCGGCCCGACCCUUCCUACAGACUUCACAACUUGUACAGCCCCAACCGCAGCUUCACAGCUCCAAAGGGCUGCGCGUUGACGUCGGAUCGUCUGUCACUGCCUCUCGUCCACAAACUGCUUGCAGCACUCAACACGAACCCGCCAAACCUCAGCCUCAGCCUCAGCCUCAGCCUCCACCUCUCUCCACCCUUCAUCAGGUCCCCGGUUCUCAUGCUCCCUCUCCUCCAUCCGGUCCGCUCGCCUCACCGUCGGCAUCUUCACCUUCUGCCCGAGCCGCCGACUCUUGCUGCCAGUCUUCGCCAGAACACGAGAAGCCGCAUUUCUCGGUUGCCGAGGCAGCAGGACCGGAGGUGCGCGGACUGUGUGAGCGCCGUCUGACGUGUCUGCCGUCGGUGAGGCAGAUGCGCCGAGAUGUUGCGAAUGUGACGCGCGAAAUGCAGGCCGUCUAUGUUGAGGAUAGGCCGGCAGAUGCGUCCAUCGACGGUGCAGAACGAGUGAGCCGAGUGCCUUGUGAAUGCAACUGA